AUGCCUAUCUUCCUUAAUAUUUGGUUACCAACGUCGCGGCUAAAAAAAGAGGAUAUUAAAGAAGUGUCAGUUUGGAUUAAGAUCCAUGAUGUUCCGAUUGCUACUUACUCAGAUGUUGGCCUCAGCAUGCUUGCAACUAAGCUAGGUAAUCCUAAAAUGCUAGAUACAUAUACGAACUCCAUGUGUUCAGAUGCAUGGGGAAGAAGUAGCUAUGCUAGAAUGCUGGUUGAAGUUUCUGCUGUGCAUGAGUUCAAGAAUGAAUUGACUAUAGCUAUUCCUUCGAUGGAUGGGGAUGAUUAUACUAAGGAAACAAUGCGAGUUGAAUAUGAGUGGAGACCACCUAGGUGUUCUCAUUGCUGUGUAUUUGGCCACAAUUCGGAUAUGUGCCCUAGUCACGUGGUUGUGUCAAAGGCUGGUAAGGUUGAUGACCAGGGUUUUACUGAAGUAAAGGGCAAAAAGAAAGUUGCUCGUAGACAAGGUUUUUCGGUCCAAAAACAGAAUACAAAGUUUGUGUAUAAACCUGUUUCCAAGCCUACAGAUAAUAUGGAAAAAACUGAAUCUGCAAAGUAG